GAAAGAAAUGCUUGCAUCCACAAAAUUACAUGGCUACCUGUAAUGAUAUUGAAACUCAGCUGCAGCAUUGCUUGCUGAACACUGGACUUCCAACUCUGAAUGUUGACAUAGAUGAUCCAAACCCUGUGGCCUUUAUACCCCACACCAAGAGAACUGUAUGUUAUAUUGUAUGUGGGUUGUUAAUAAAUGACCAGAAUGAAGUCCUCAUGAUGCAGGAAGCAAAGGAGUCCUGUCGGGGGAAAUGGUAUCUACCUGCAGGAAGGCUGGAGACAAAUGAAACACUGAAGGAAGGAGCUAAAAGGGAAGUGUUGGAGGAGACUGGUCUGGAAUUUGAACCCCAAACACUUUUGUCAGUUGAAACACAGUGCGGCACCUGGUAUAGGUUUACUUUUACUGGAAAAGUAACAGGUGGGAAAUUAAAAACCCUGAAAGAGCAAGAUGCUGAAUCACUUCAAGCAAAAUGGUACUCUGUGGAAAGCAUUAAAGAAGAACUACCUCUCAGGUUAAAGGAUAUUCUCUAUUUAAUAGAGCUAGGACAAAGAUACCAUAAUUUGGAUGAUAAAGGAAGGCCUCCUCCUUGCAUGCCUCUCAUAACACCACACCAAAAAUGUUUACUUCGUCUUUUCAUUGUUGCUUUGUGCAGUGAGAAGAAUUAA